GUGGAUAUACAUGACAUACAUAAAUACAUAUAUAGAGUUUUUACUGUGACUGACAAUGUCGACAUUAUCAUGACAAUGAAUCCUUGGAGCACCCUCCAACUACCAUCAGUAGCUCGUCCCCAGACAAACUGACUGCGAAACACCACGACCUCUCCGUGUCACCUGCUUGACCGACAAUCUCCCACGAGUCCCCCAGAGAGUCAUAUCUGUAGAUACUGUUAGUAGGAGUCUGAGGUUUAAUCUCACCGCCAAUUGACAGGAGCUCCCCACGAAACGAGACGAGAGUCGAAUGUGCCACCGGGAGGCUUCGGAUUUCUUUCAGCCACUGCGACGGCGAGAGAAAUGCUCCGUCUCAGUUUUGAUCCGAGCGAGUUGGAAGUUUUGAGAUCGCGAACGGAGGAUGGAAAGUACGGAUCUUGAGGGUGAAUCCAAAUGAUAGCCUCCCGUGAGGUACAGCACGUUGGCAUGGAGUGUACCGGACAACUGAGAGCAUUUCUGCGGCAGAGCGCAACACUUGCUCCACUGUUUAAUCUCGGUGUUCAUUAGUUCAACACUGUCCAGGUCGCCUCCAACCCCAUAGCCUCCCAACGCAAUUAGGGAUUUGUCCGUCGUGAAACAAGAGGUUGAUCUUCGAGGGGUGGGCAUUGGAGGGUAUAGCUUCACCCACCUCCCCCCUUCUCCUCUACUUCCUUCCUCUCCUCUUUUCUUCUAUGAGACUCAGCAGGGAGCCAGUAAAGGUUUUAUCCCAGCCUCCCACACUGGUAAGAGAGCCGUGCACAACUGCCAGUGAAAAGCUCUCGUGGGGGUUUUCGGAUAGCAAAGACCACCUCCCUAGAGGGUGCUGGUAGGAGUAGACUCUCUGGGAACUAGCUGGUCUGAAGUAGGCUUUGUCCCCAUGCACCACCGCAGAUCCUCGACACAUUUUCUCCGGCGCUUUUUCUACUUCUUCCACCACAUUCCACCCACCUCCGCUGUGCUUGUCUUGAUAGUUGCCUUGGGAGCGUCUACUUCACUUCUGCUAUGUUUCCUUUGCUGUUGUAGAAUCUCUCCAUCUUUUUCUACUGAUGCUGUUCUCUGGAGGUAAGAUAUGGUAGCAUCUCUCUGCUCUAGUUGCUCCCGAAGCCUUAGGAGCUCUCUCUCUGGACUCUCAGCUGCCUCGUUCUGGCCUACUGUAGCUCUGUUGCCUUUUUCUUUGUGGGGGUUUGGGGAAAUCAUUGCUUUCGCUUCAAGUUCUUUUUGUAGCGUGUCAACUGUUGUUUGUAGUUGCCCUUUUGGAGCCUUAUACAGUUGGGUUUCCUUGGCUUUUGUCUCUGUCAAGAUUCUCUCUUCUCGAAGUUGCUGAACAUCACUCUUUCUCUCAGCGAUACAGAUACUCUGAGAAGAAUGGUUUAGAACAGACAGCCUCUCGCCAAGUUCCAGAGCCGAGGGACGCUGCUGUUCCUUCUGCCCCAGGCAGUGCAGAGCCACAUGUUUCAGAGGGUGGGAAUCGGAUAUCAGCCGUAAGUGGUUCCAGCGUCGUUCGGUCUCGGGAACAACCUGCAGGAGUGGCUCGCUGAACUGUGGGAGAAACAGCUGACGGAGUCGCUUGGCUGGGUCGGGGAACUCCCUGGUGAUUAUCUGGACGAUUAUCACGCCGACUGAAAAAAUGUCGAGCUUUGUAGUGUAGCAUUUCGUGUCGUCCACGGCUUCUGGUGCCAUGUAGAGCAUGUUGCCAGGACAUUGCGUCAAACUCGACAUGUGGCGAUUUGCAGAAACGAGCUUCGACAUCCCGAAAUCGGUGAUCUUUGCUCGCGGGCCAUCGUCCACGAGGACAUUGUUCCCCGUGAGGUCUCUGUGGAUGAGACCAUUGGCGUGUAGGUAGACCAGAGCCAGUGCUAUGUCGUGGGCGAUGCUCACCUGAACAUCGUGAGACAGCGGUCCUGGGGAUCGCUCCAGAAACACUGAGAGAUUCUCGUUGCAAAACUCCAUUAGUAGCACAGGUAGCCGUGUGUCGGGGUCAUGGCAAACUCCCAAAUACUGGACUAUGUUUGGGUGUCUGACUAGACUCAGCAGCCGACACUCUUUGAUGAAGUUUGCGAGGUAGGAGCUAGCUCCAGGGUCACUGAGGUCAAACAGAGUCGGAUGCACUACCUUGGCUGCACAGAGUAGCCCGUCACAGUUUGCCCUGCACACUGCUCCGUAUGAUCCACUUCCCAGAUGCUGGGAUUUGAGCAGCUCUAUGCUGGUGUAGUGAAACUCGCUCCCUCUCUCUGCCAUGGAGUGUGCUACUGCGGAGAGAAAUGGAAGAGAAAGAGAUACGAGAAAGAGUCCUACUUGACAUUAGUCCGACAGAAGCUACGAGGCGUUUACAGCCACGCCUGGCAGCUGCUCCACCAGGUGCAGGGGGAGAGGGCCAGGGGCCAGGAGAGAGGUGGGGAGGUCGAGAGGGAGGGAGACGGAGCUAGCAGCGAGUCUGCUCAUGCCACUGUCACCAUAGAGAGUGAUGACUCGUCCUCCCAGCUGGAUGCGGUGGACAGCAACAAAUUCUACUGGGGCCUCUCCACCAGCAGCUACAAUCUGGCCAGAGACCUCCUCGUUGAGCCACACCUCCACUCCUGCGACUCCGAGACACCCCAUCCUCACCUCCUCACACUCCUCCCCUCGUCACCACACCUCCCUAUCGUCUUCGUCGUUCACGGACGGCUGCACCACCACGAAAUCCUCAGUGAUUGUCGCGACCCACUCCCCCUCCAGCCUGAACAGACUGAAUCAGACUCAGUCCAAGAAACUGCGUGAGUUACUGAUGAACAUUCAGGACGAGCGACUCUGUCAGGUCUGCAUGUGCUCGAGGAUUUCGGCCGUUUUCUGUCCGUGUGGUCACCACGUGUCGUGCUACCGCUGUGCCAAGAGACUGGUCAAGUGCCCCAUCUGCCGGCAACCGAUUGGCUAUGUCCAAUACGUCUAUACACACUAACUCCUCCCCUCCUCUUCCUCUCUCUUUCUUUACCUCCAUUCUUCUCCCUUUCUCUCGGUCACUUAUCCUCAUCUCUCUUUGUCUUUCGAUGGAGGACUAAUAGACGAUCUCAGAGUGUGUGAAAGAGAUUAUUUGGUUUUGUUUCUGCUUGCAGACGCAUGUGCGUGGUACAUGUAAAAGGAUCAUUAUAUUUAUUUUUUUGUUGUCUACUUCAAAAAUCACUCCACCGCCCGUUUUGUUUUUCUCUCUCUGCUUGCAGACGUAUUGUAUGUAGUAAUGUGUCUUAUUUGUGCACCAAUGUCGUUCAAAUCCUGCACUCCUGCAGUCACUUCACCAAGUCAUCAGCUUCAUUUUAAACACCAUCGCAACUGUACACGGUAUUAUUGCUCAUUUCUGGUAUUAUGGUUACGGCACGCACACUCCUUCAUUUCGUCAAUCUGUACUGCAGACUGCUGAGCACCACUGCAUUAAUG